AGUAGUUUUUACUCUUUUUGUCACGUGAUGCGGUCUGGCUUCUGCCGUGCGUGAGCUAACUGUUUCCGGUCACGUGUGCCUUCUCUGCCGAGCUCCUUGGCCGCCCCAUGGCCCAGGAGGAGGCGGCGGCGCUGCGAGCCCUUCAAGCCGGGAGCGAGGCGUCGUUGGCGCUCCGUGCUGUCCACCUUUGGAAGUGAGGCCUUCAGGACUUCCGUGUAUGCCGCCAAGAUCAGGAGGAGCGAGAAGUGAAAGUCCAGGGCCUCGGUAGUUACCCUCACGGUAGGGGGUCUGACGGAUUCAAGGGUUCCGGGUUCGGAGGCCCGUCUCACUAGUUUUUGCUUCUUUGGAAGCUGGUAAUGAAUCUUUAAUACUGGUCUGGGUUUCCUUUCUUCAUGAAAGCCUGCAUAUUGCAAGGCCAUAGGAUGUGGAUAUAGUUGCGCGUGGCGAGGAAGCAUGCCUCCCCCCCAGCUUUCGUACCAGUCAGUCCUUCCAAAUAAUAUUUGUAUGAGUGUUUUUACCUCUACUUUAGGAAGUACUGUGGUAUAUCUUUACAGAGCAGCAAAGUUUUGUUUUGAGUCUUUGCUUUUUGUGAUUUUUAGUAUUUUAUUCUAAAAUUGUACCAUAAGCGCAUGGAAGGAUUUGCUAAUAACUUGGAAGGGGUGGUGUAUGAGAGGAGGGCCAGUGCGAUUUUUGAAUGCUGAAGCUUUUCUUGCAGAAACUAGGACCUAGAAAUGUGGAAGGCAGUCUUCUGAAUGAAUAGACGUAUUGUUUAGAUGUUGGAAGAUGUGUGUGCAUGAGUUCUGCUUUGCUGGUAGUACAAUACAAAUAACCUUUAAACAUUACUGUUUCCUAUAAUAUUAUAUUGCCAACUUCUCAAUGGCACUAGAAAUCAUGUGUGUAGGCACACUUUUAAAAUGCAGAGUAAAAAAGGUAAAGUGGUUGGUGUUUCUAUUACAGCGCUCUUUAAUGCAUUACAGCUGAGUGCCUGAAACAAAGCAUUUGAUGUUUUAACACAAUUUGAGAGAGGCACACAGCUCUCUUCUAAAUUAGUAUAUCCUAUUUGUAUUGGAGCAGUACAGUACUUUGAUUUACCAAGCUUUAGUAGGUAGGCUGUGUAGGGAAUUGGUGAGAUAACAUUGAUGUGAUUAUUCCUUCAGUUGUGAGUUCCUUCAAUAAUGUGAAAGAAAACUUAAUGGACUGGAGGAGAAAACAUUUGAUUUGGAAACUGGGUAUAUUUUACCAUGUUAGUCAAUUAGAUAGUGUUUUAUGCAAAAGUCAGUACUGUACAUGCUUGCUUCUUUGGGCACACAUUGGAGAAGGUGGGAACAAAUCUCUAAUGAAAGUUAAGAAUGAGUUUGAUAGUCUUUUAUUAUCUUCCUGUUGAAAGAAUACACACAGCUGUAAUCGGCUUUCCCCCAACUCUGUGUAUGCUUUACAAAAUAGUAUUAAUUACAUUUAUCCAUCUAUACAAAAUUUCUGAGUGUUUGAUAACUGGUAGUUUGUUAAUACUGAGUGACAACUUGAGCUAAGCACUCUUUUACAACCAGAUAGGCAAAAAGCUUGUGCCAUUCUAAAAUUAGCAGAAGAAGGCUGGGCAAUAAUGACUUGUUCCAAGGUGAGGGGUGUUUCCCCCCCCCUUUAGUAGGACUUCUGUUUACAUCAUCUAAAAAUAAUUUUACUACAGGCAAAACAGUAUAUUUCGUUGGGUCUAUGAUUGUUCUUUGGAGUCUAUACACACAGCAGGAUAGACAUGUUCAUCGUGUGGCAAUAUAAAUGAGAUGCAUUCAGUUUUUUACCUUUGGUUAGUUGAAGUAUAAUGUUUUGACUUUCAAAACCAUAGCUUAGAAGACUGAAAAUAAGAUUGGCUUAUGUGUUCUGCAUCCUCUUUCACACAGUUUACCAGACCUCCCCUGCUUCAGAAACCCAUGUUUUGAUGUUGCAUCUAAAACAAACAGAAGAAUUCAAGCCCACUUUAGACCUUGAGUAAUUGGGGGGGGGGGUUCCAUUGCAGAAACAGAAAUCCUUGCACUAACAACUACUUAAUUGACUAUUGCCAGCUGUUCUAAGCAGUCAUAAUAUGAGUAUGUGAACUGUUAUGCUAAUGUAUGGUUUAACAGAGUAGUUCUAAAGUUGUAAGUAUUUCCUGUUCAAGGAGUAAACCUUAAACUGGCGGACCUUUUUCCUAGGGCAGUAUAAAAAGCCAUACUAGUCCGGCACAUAUAAGCUAGGCUAGUUAUUAAAAGUAGUCUUUGCAUUUUGUGCUAUUGGUGUUCAUUCAAUUUAGAAAUAAUUAGUCUUCUCUGGCAUUCUAUCAUAGUUCUAACACCAUUUGCAUUAUUAAUACAGUAUAUGCAAUACUCAUUAAGUGGAGCCCAGAGAUUGGAGCAUAUUACUAUGUUAACUGAAGGGGCUGCCUAUUUGCUUCUGAAGGGGCUGCCUAUUUGCUUCUGGGUUCAGUUUAAAGUGUUGGUUCUAGCCUUUAACCAAAUGACUUGCUGGGACCUAGUUUUUUGUUUAUUUAUUAAACAAAAUUUAUAUACCACUUGAUUGUAGUAAAACCUCUAAGUGGCUUACAAUAAAUAUUAAAAUUACCAGUAAAACAACUGUUAAAAGCAAUUAAGAACAUUUUAAAAUAAGUAAAGGUAUCAAAGAAAGUUUAAUUGUUGGUUAUUUCAGGAACUGCCUACUCCUGUGAGCCUCUCUUUUAAGACUUCUGAAAUAUAUUUAAAGCCAACAACCCUGUCAAAUUUGCCACUUCUUAAUUAUGUGUUGCCACUUCUCUAUAGUGUGUAGUAAAACAUAGCUGUGUUUCCAUAUCUUCACAUUGCUUCUGGUGGGAUGUGGGCAGGGAAAUAAACAAUCAACAGUGUGAAGGAGGCAUGACACCAGGACAUUGGAGAGGGGAACUUGACAUGUGGUUGCCACACUCAGCCUUGUGUUUAUUGUAACCCACUCAGCCCCAUUCAGGGCAGAUUUUAAUCUGUAGCACUUACCAGCUAAUCAGUUAAAGCUUGGUGCUUUUAUUUGAGGGGUGGCAGAAUUACUAGUCCCUAUCUCUUUUUUUGAAGACUAGUAUCUGGAAUAUGCAGGACCCAGUGAAAUUGAGUUAGAAUCAGUUUUCAGAUAAUUUUAAAAUGUGCAUUUUAAAAGGUUAUUAGAUGGCACUCUCCCAGCACUUUUUGGCAAGUUUCAUAAUCUGUUGGACAAUAUAAAGGAGAUCAAUUGACAUUAGAUUUUACUUUAUUCCACUCAUUUUCAGAUCAGACAGAAUUAUUUCUUUGGACUAUUGGUCAUAGCAGUAUUUCCAUACAUUUUGGGCCAGAUUCAGUAAACAGCUGCACUAACAGGAGCCAGCAUGAGCCUCCCAAGUGCAAAGGGACUUCUCUCUUCUCUCCAUGCACCUACUCAGAUCGACACUAGGGGAUUGAGAGAGCCCCCAGAACAGUUUGCAGGGGAGGAGAGGGGAGAUUGGCAAGUGGAAAUGAAAUACAGUAAUUGUAAUAGCACAACGUUGAAUUUCACCAUCCAAAUUAAUAUUUCACAUUUUAGGUAGUUUUUAAGAGGAGAAAGAGGGAACAGGAAAGUCCUAUUGUGUGAGUAGAAAUCCAUUCAAACAUCAUCAAAUGCAAUCUGUUUUUUUGCAUCCAAAAUCUUAAAUUUGUCUGCUCCACUUUCAGUCUGGAGAAUAGAAUGUUAUCUUUCAUUUUUCAUGAUUCAGAAAACAAUAAAAUGUAAACUCUUUGACCACCUUACAACCUAUAUCUAUGUGAUAUCCUGUUCCUUGAAUUUUUCAAAUAUAAUUCAUACUAGAGAGGGCUUGGGCUUGUCUUGUUCUGCCUUCUGGCAGGGGAAACAAAACAAAGGGAGGUGGAAGAUGCUGGUGUCAGAAGAUUACCGUAUUUUUUCGUGUAUAAGUUGCCCCCAUGUAUAAGACGCCCCCUACUUUUGGGGACCCCAAAUUUAGAAAAUGGGCAUAUGCACUAUCUGUGUAUAAGACGCUCCCAGAUUUUUAACCUUAUUUUAAAGUAUAAAAAAACCUAGUCUUAUACACGGAAAAGUACAGCAUGUGCCUAUAAUCAGAAUCCAUUGCCUGAUGAAUGGCUGCAAGCCAGCUAAGUGCAUUAACAGCAACCAGCAAUGAAUCUCCUAUUUCCAGUGCAAGCCAGAGGGCAAGCCAGGGCAAGCCACUGGGUACCAUACUAUGGGGGUGGCACUUAGCGCGAGGCCUGAGCCACGCAUCUGCCCAAAACAGUGGCCAUCUUACAGCUGAGGGGGGAGAUGGCAGGCAGACUCCUUGGAGGCUCUGUGCAGUGGACCCUGCCCUGGCUCACCCCACCCCCAUGGGUGGCUUGCCCCAGGUGCAGGGGCUGCUAGCUACACUGCUGGUGCAAGCUUCUAAAUUGUUAAAGCAAGUGUGAAACUGAAAAACAAAUAUUGCUGAAAUAAGUUUUUGUUUUUAAAAUGCAGUACUCUCUAGCCAUUAUGGCAACAUCAUCUGAAGAAGUGUUACUAAUAGUAAAGAAAGUGCGUCAAAAGAAGCAGGACGGAGCUCUUUACCUCAUGGCUGAAAGAAUAGCCUGGGCACCUGAGGGCAAAGACCGAUUCACAAUCAGCCAUAUGUACGCAGAUAUAAAAUGCCAGAAAAUCAGUCCUGAAGGAAAAGCUAAGAUCCAGCUUCAGUUGGUACUACAUGCAGGGGACACGACCAACUUCCAUUUCUCUAAUGAGAGCACAGCAGUGAAAGAGAGAGAUGCAGUAAAGGAUCUCCUUCAGCAGUUACUGCCCAAGUUCAAGAGGAAAGCUAAUAAAGAACUUGAGGAAAAAAACAGAAUGCUGCAAGAAGAUCCUGUUUUGUUUCAACUUUAUAAAGACCUUGUUGUGAGUCAGGUGAUCAGUGCUGAAGAGUUCUGGGCCAACCGUUUAAGCAUGAAUGCUGUGGACAGUUCUACUGUAUCCAAUAAGCAGGAUGUGGGCAUUUCUGCAGCUUUUCUGGCUGAUGUUCGACCUCAGACAGAUGGAUGCAAUGGUCUCAGAUAUAAUUUGACUUCAGAUAUCAUUGAAUCUAUAUUUAGAACUUACCCUGCAGUAAAACUGAAAUAUGCAGAAAAUGUUCCUCACAAUAUGACAGAGAAAGAAUUCUGGACACGUUUCUUCCAGUCUCACUAUUUCCACAGGGAUAGGCUGAAUGCAGGAUCAAAAGACCUUUUUGCAGAAUGUGCCAAAAUGGAUGAAAAGGGUUUAAAAACAAUGGUGUCUCAAGGUGUGAAAAAUCCUUUUUUAGAUUUAACAGCCUUGGAAGAUAAAACGUUGGAGGAAGGUUAUGGUGUUUCCUUGGCGCCUUCCACAUCCAACGCUACAAAAUCAGUAAAAGAGAGUAGCAAUGCUGCCAUUAUAAAACGCUUUAACCAUCACAGUGCCAUGGUCCUUGCAGCUGGCCUCAGAAAACGAGACACACAGAAUGACCACUACAAUGAGGCCAGCAGUAUGGAUGGAAAUUCCAGAGAUUCAGAUUUCUUUCAGCCACCAGUAAAAAAGGUAAAGCUUCAAGAGUCCAUUGAAUAUGAAGAUUUAGAAAACAACAACAGCGUUAGAACUAUUGCACUAAACCUAAAGAAAUCAGAUAGGUAUUAUCAUGGUCCAACACCAAUUCAAUCACAGCAAUAUGCAACUAGCCAAGAUAUUAUUAAUUCUUUGUAUAGUAUUAGAGAAGAAAUGGACACUUAUGUACCCAAACUAACUCAGGUUAUCUCAAGUGGUGCUGCAAGUAGUACGAUCGCAGCUCUGUCACCUGGAGGAGCACUUAUGCAGGGUGGAACACAGCAAGCCAUAAAUCAGAUGGUGCCAAAUGAUGUUCAGGCUGAGCUGAAACACUUGUAUGUGGCACUAGGAGAGCUGUUGCGACAUUUUUGGUCCUGCUUUCCGGUUAACACACCAUUCCUAGAAGAGAAGGUUGUGAAAAUGAGGAGUAAUCUGGAAAGAUUUCAAGUUACUAAACUGUGUCCAUUCCAAGACAAAAUUCGAAGACAGUAUUUAAGCAUAAAUCUGAUAAAUCACAUAGAAGAAAUGCUGCAAACAGCCUACAAUAAAUUCCACACAUGGCAGUCUCGGCGUAUGUUGAAGAAAACGUGAAGAUCCAGUGGUGCCAGAUUUUUUGAGUGGGAAGCGUUUGCAAUAGCUGUAGGAAUGCAGCUACCCAGUGACAAUGCUGGAAAGUCAGCAUCAUGCGGACUCCUGAAAACGAUGCUAACUGAACUUGCACACUUUCUGGAAAAGAAACAAAAGGUCAAACGUGAAAACUAGGGAGUUAAAAGGAACCAAAUCAGAAGAGCUAAGUGGCAAAUAUCUAUAUCUAUAAAUGUAAAGACACUGUUUACUGCAGUUACUCAGGAACUGCUUUUGAUUUUCAUAAAGAGCUGCUUUCAGAAAUAAAAACUUUAAAAGGGGUGUAUUAAUGAAAUCCAAGAUUGUUUGUCUAGUUUUUUUAAAGUGUAUGGUACAGGGUAGAACCUAAACAGUUAUUUCUUCACUGUAUCUUGGCAUUAUAUUGAAUUCUGUUUGUAUUUCUAGAAACAGGUUUAACAUUUUAAAUAUUAUUGAGAGACUGUUUUGCCUCAAAUUCCUAAGCGGCUUAGAUGCUAAAAAUAAAAAGGUUUUGGUUUU